AUGGAGGAUGAGGCUGUGGAGCAGAUUUCAGCAGAGCAGAUUCUGAAGGAGGUUUAUGAGAAGAGAAAGAUUGUCAAGCCCAGUACCAAGGUCGAUAUCCUCGACUUGGAGGAACUGCACGAAUACCAGCGGAGGAAAAGAAGCGAAUAUGAGACGUAUUUGAAGCGUAAUCGGUUGGACAUGGGCCAGUGGAUCCGGUAUGCCCAGUUUGAAAUAGAACAGCACGAUAUCCGACGCGCCAGGUCGGUAUUCGAGAGAGGACUGCUCGUUGAUGGUGGUUAUGUCCCGCUCUGGGUCAGAUAUAUCGAUGCAGAGGUGAAGCUCAAGUUCAUUAACCAUGCGAGAAACCUGCUUGAUAGGGCUGUUAACCUCCUUCCGCGCGUGGACAAGUUCUGGUACAAGUAUCUAUUGAUGGAAGAGUCGCUGGGGAACUUCGACAUAGUACGAUCAUUGUUCACAAAGUGGAUAUCGCUGGAACCCAACGCAAAUGCCUGGGAUAGCUUUGUUGACUUUGAAAUGCGGCAGGAGAGAUGGGAAAAUGCGAGGGAAGUGUUCGCACGAUACGUCUUGGUUCAUCCUUCGGCUGCUACGUGGUUAAAAUGGGUGCGUUUCGAGACUACGCAUGGUGAUGUCAAUUCUGUCAGGAAAGUUUAUGAGUUGGCUGUGGAUACCUUGCUUUCGUUCCAAAUCUACGAACGAACGGAUGAACUGAUCGAACUCGUUAUCUCUUUUGCGACCUGGGAAUCGUCUGAGCGAGAGUUUGAACGUGCUAGAUCACUAUACGCAAUCUCCAUCCAAAAAUGGCCACAAAGCCAGGCUCUUAAGGAUAGUAUGCUGAAUUUCGAGAAAACGUUUGGCAGUUUUACGUCUGCAGAAGAAAACGUCAUUGUCAAGAGAAGGAGACGUUAUGAAGACCGUUUGCGGGAAAAUCCAAGGGAUUUCGAUACAUGGUGGUUGUACUUGAAUAUUAUUGAGGAGCAUUUCAGAAGUGAGUUGUCAAACAGCCUCGAGAAAUCAGUCCAUGCUAAUGAGCCACAGACUUUGAGUAAAAAUAUAGGUUGGAAACAAUAUAUCCUGCUAUGGAUGAGGUUACUGCUAUUUUCUGAACUAGAAGUCUGCGAUAUAGAGCGCACAAGAAUGCUUUAUAAGAGGCUAAUCGAUAAUGUGAUUCCGCAUAAGCAUUUUACGUUCUCUAAAAUAUGGCUAAUGUACGCCGAAUUCGAAAUCAGACAAGGGGAUGUAAGCAAAGCUAGGAAAAUAUUGGGCAGGUCAAUAGGCAUGUGUCCCAAGCCUAAGACUUUCAAAAGAUAUAUCGAGCUCGAAAUAAAGCUGAAACAGUUCGACAGAGUACGAAAGCUUUACGAAAAAUAUUUGGAGUUUGACUCAUCCAAUGUGAGUACUUGGAUCAGCUACGCAGAAUUAGAGGAGAACUUGGGAGAUGAACAAAGAUGCAGAGCUAUUUAUGAUCUGGCAAUCAGCAAAAGCGCUGAAUUAGAUCUUUCCCAAAGAUCAAGGCAGACUUUAAUGCAGCGAGCGAUUGCAUUUGAAACGGACGAACAAGAAUUUACAAUAGCCCGUAACCUCCAUGAACGUUAUGUCGAGCUUGAUGGAGACUCACCAGCGACCUGGAUUAAUUAUGCACAUUACGAAAGUUCAGUCCCAUCUGAUGAGCAACUUACUUCUCUUCAAGAGGCCGCAGAACAGGGAGAUGAAGAUGUCGAGUUCAAGCCUGCCGCUGAGAAUUAUUCACGUUCAAGAAAAGUAUUUGAAAGAGCUCUUAAGCACUUCAAACAAAAGGGCAACCACGAAGGUAGAAUCGCAAUUUUGGAAGCCUACAAAGACUUCGAAGACAUUAACGGAACGGUGGAAGAACACGAAGCGGUGUUGAAGCGAAUGCCACAGGUUACGACAAGACUAACCGCUGAUGGCAUCGAGAAAAAGAUCUACGUUUUUCCAGAAGAUGAAAAUGGUAAGGAGAAGGCUCCAAAUGUCUCCAAACUUCUCGCGUUUGCAAAGAAGUGGGAUGAGGCACAACGGUGA